AUGGAUCAGCUGAUCAAACAGCUGCAAAUGGCAGCCGCUGCCCAGGCGCAGGUGCAGGCACCAGGUCCAAUGACCCCACAUCCUCAUCCGCAUCCUCAUGCAGCAUCCGCUUUGCAACUUUAUGCGGCAGCAGCGGCUGUCAACCUGCGAGGAUGGCCUCCUUUUCUUAGCCUGCCCGAUCCUGCUGGAUCCUCCGAAUCCCCAUCCUCCUCCGGCUGCAGUUCAUCCUCCGUCUUAAUGCUGCGUCAGAUGGCAUUGAUGCAGCGAGCUAAUGCUGCUGCAGCAGCAGCCGCGAUACGUAAUCGGGAGUUGCAAGAAGAUCUAAAGGAUAUGCAGCAACCACAGGAUCAAAGGAGGCACAACCACGAGGACUGGAAUCCCGAAGAGGAAACCAAUAGUGAGGAGGCUCCCAAUCAUAUCGAAACCGAUCCCCAACUCGAUACCUAUCCCGAUGAGGAUGUGGAAACGCAGGAGGAGGCCUCGAAGCGAAGACGCUGCCGGACCAAUUUCAACUCCUGGCAACUGGAGGAGCUGGAGAGAGCCUUCCUGGGUAGCCAUUAUCCGGAUAUAUUUAUGCGAGAGGCGCUGGCCAUGAGACUGGAUCUCAAAGAAGGACGCAUUGCGGUUUGGUUCCAGAAUCGUCGCGCCAAGUGGCGUAAAAAGGAGCACACCAAAAAGGGUCCUGGCCGACCGGCGCAUAAUGCCCAGCCCCAGAGCUGCAGUGGAGCACCCAUUCCUCCCUCCGAGCUAAGGGCACGGGAAAGAGCCCAGAGGAGCAAACGAAUGAGAAAGGCCAUUGAGCGGCAGGUUAGGAAGCUCCGGCUCAAGGGCAUCGAGGUGGAUGUGGAGCGUCUAAAGGCGGAUUAUAUGGCAGCCCACAAGGAUAACUGGUUGGCGGAAGAUAAGGAGCUGCAGCUGGAGCUGGAGGAGGAACUAGAGAGCUAUGAAGAUGAGGAUCUGCCCAUUGAUGUGGUGGGCGAGGAUCUCAACCACCACCAUCAUCAUCAUCAUCAUCCUCAGGAUGUGACUGGUGAUAGCCAGGAUCAUUCCUUUUGCUCCUCCUCUCGAACCUACGCCAAGAGCAGCAGCAGCGAGGCUGAGCCGGAACUGGAACUGAAAUUGGAGCCUAGAGAUGACCUGGAUGUGCCCAUUAAGCUGGAGAAUCAAGUCUCUGAGGUCACUGCCACCCAGAAGAAGAACCUCUACAACUCACCCUUUAGCAUUGAGUCCUUGCUGGGUUCUUAAUUAAUUUAUUUCCUUAUUUUUUUUAGA